AUGAAUGCUGCACGAGGCUCGCAUACAGCAUUGAUAUUAGAAAAUGGAAAAGUAUUAGUUACUGGUGGAUAUAAUGGUAUUAGUUAUCUGAGUAGUGCUGAACUAUAUGAUCCAACAACGGGUGUUUGGACAACUACAGAAGACAUGAAUGCUGCACGAGGCUCGCAUACAGCAUCCAUAUUAGAAAAUGGAAAAGUAUUAGUUACUGGUGGAUUAAACGAUAAUAGUAUUCUUAAUAGCUCUGAAUUAUAUGAUCCAACAACAGGCAAUUGGAUAACUACAGGAAACAUGAAUAAUGCACGAAAAUAUCAUACAGCAUCCAUAUUAGGAGAUGGAAAAGUAUUAGUUACUGGUGGAUAUAAUGGUAAUUAUCUCAAAAGUGCUGAACUAUAUUGA